CAAUAAAGCUUGUUCUAUUUUUGAAAGAAAGAUGUGUGGCUGGAUUUAUUAUGUCCCAAAUUAAGUAUAUAUAAAUUUUCUCAUACUUUUAAGUAUUUCUAAAAAUUACAUAAAUUUUUUAUUACAGAAUAGUAAUUAAUUUUUUAUUUCUUACGUCAUUCAUAACAAGAAAACGGUAAAAUACGUCAAAGAUUCAUAAAAAAAAAGCGAAAGAAGACUUGGUGUGCAGAAAUAUGUUGGUACGCUGUGAGUGUAAACUUUUAGAAUCUAGAAAUAAUCAUCGAUCGGUAUAAUUGUAACCUGUUAUAAACAAUCCAUCAUAACCUAUUCAUUGAAUUAGUUUAAAAUGUAAGCAAAUUGUACUUGUGACAAGUGUGAGAAUCUGGGAAUAAUUUUUAUUAUAAUAUGAAAGAUUUAUUACAAUUUAAUGAAUGUGUAAUGUAAAAAGUUGAGCCAAUAUAAAUAUUACAUAUUACACGUAUAUUAAAUCGAAGAAAUAAAAUAAAAAUUGUCACAAAAUGAUGGAUGUUGAUUUAUUGAGACCAGGCACUGUGCCUAUAUCACCAGAUACUAUUCUUUGGUUUGAAUUUUUGUUAAAUCCUUCGUUAUUAAAACAACACAUUUCGAAACCACUACCAGAUCCAUCUCCAACAGAUUUAAUGAUCAAAUUUAUGUCAAUAAACGUUGACACUAAAGAUAAUGAUAUUAAAACGAUUGAUCUGGAACAAAAUGAUACUAAAUUCAAUAGUAUAAAAAAAUAUUCUUAUAAAAGUAUUGCAUUAAAAAUAUUAUCUCUCAAAAUUGGAGCUUUUCUUAAAUGGGAUUUAGGUAUUUUAGAAAAGAAACUACCAUUUCCAAUGCAACUAACUUUUUUACAAGAUCUCUUUUACAUUACUGGUGAUAUGACUAUCGAACUACCUGGUCGUCUUGAAUUUUUAAUCAAUUCUCUUUCUGAUCAACUACUUUUUGCACUUGUUUUAUAUCACAGAUGGCAUAUUAGAGCAAUCGUAAAUAAAGCUUUAAAUAAUAAACAAUCAAAACCACAGUUUAUUCAUAUACCAGGAAUUCAAGAGCCAACUUAUGUUGCUCCAGCAUUAGUGGAAGAUAUUUUAAGAAAAAUCGAAAUAAAUACAGCAAAUAGCAUAAAAGUAUUAAAUGAAAUCUUGAAGUUAGAUGACAUCAAGCCGAAGACUUUGACUUUCGAAACUUUUCAAAUUUUAACUGAAGACAGUACUGAGGUGAAACAAAAUUGGGAUAAUAUGCAAGAUAUUCCAAUUGAAGAAUUUAAAUGUCAGAUUCAUUUUGAUUUAGCGACAAUUUAUUUAGUAAAAGAAGAGUAUCAAUUAGCAAAGCAUCAUAUCACAUUAGCAAAAGAAUUAUUUACUUUAGUGAAAGCUCAAAACUCCUGUAAUUAUUGUACUGUACAAGAAGAUGUUCUCAAUGGCUAUUGCCUCGCAACCGGAGUUAAUAUCGAAGGAGUAGUAAUAUCACUAACUCAGCAGCUUUAUGAUUCUAUCAAAAACCAAUAUAGUAAUAUAUUAGAAAUACUGAAAGCUGAUAAUAGAACCCGAGAAAUUCCAAUGAUUUAUAGAGAUAAUUUAGAAUUAGAUAUUCAAGGAGGUUUAGUCAAUAGAAAAAUUGUGGUCAAUCGUGAUUUGUUAUUAAAAAUUCAGUGUUUGAAUUUGGUGAGAAAAAUAGUAGACAGCAUUCUUGUACACGGAAAUUAUAUCACAGAACUAAAAAAUGCUGAUACCAAAGGUUUAGACAUCUUUUUCUGGGCUCUUGAUGACAUUUUAGAUUAUACGUCGGAUAAUGAUAAGCACCAUAUUUCUCGAUAUUUAUUAUAUUUAAUAACAAUGAUGGAUAAUACUGAUUUACCAAGACGUAUCCUUAAUUGUGAAAAAUAUUAUUCACUCUUUACAACAGAUGAACUUGCAGAAAUUAAAGAAGAAGCUAAAUGUGAAGAAGUUGAAUUACCUCCAUUAUUGUUGAAUAACGAUUGGGGUAUUUCACCAGUGACUUAUAGCCAAAGUUCCAAAUUUCAAGUAUUUGAGUUGGAACGUCGUUUAAUACUUUCUUAUGAUUAUCAUGAAAUUCGAGAAUUAUUAAUAAUGCUUGAUGGAAAAAACCAAAUGAAUCCUCCUUGGAGUGGUAACAGUCGAUGGGAGUUAGCAAUUCCUCUUCAAAGCAUUGUUUGUUCUCUUCCUUGUAGUUUAUUCCAAAGUUAUUCUUACAUCUUAUUAGCAAAAAGCCGUGAAUUAAUGAUGGCCAAGAAUUUUAAUCAAGCUAAAGCGCUCUUAAUUGCUCUGGAGCAAGAACUGCAGGCACAGCAACAAUUGCCUGACAAUCUUUCUUAUAAAUUGUCAAAAUUAAUCAGCUGGGAACUAAUAUUAGUAGAUAUUUGGCAGUAUUACAAUUCUUCAAUAAAUAUUCAAGAAUGUUAUCUACCAGAAUUGAUUGAAAAAUGUAAACAAUGUCUCGGUGCUUUACAAGCAACAGAUCAAGUAAUUCCAAGACAAGAAGUAAUUGAGUCAUGUACUACUUUUCUUUUAAAUAUGGCAGAAUGGGAUUAUUUAACAAGUUUAGAUAAACGUUGGAAUCAUUGUGAAUUUGCAGCGUCGAUAAGUUCUAUUUGUCAAGAAAUAGUUAAAUUUAAAGGAUCAAGAAAGUUCCCUAGAGAAGCUUGGGAUAUGCUCCUCGUGGCUUUUGGAUCAAAUAAAGAUCAACCACAAAAGCGUAGCAGCAGUAAUAGUAACUCCAAUGCAACUAGUUCUACAAAAGAUGUGAUGGCGAAUAUUGUAUCUGGAACACUUUUAAAACUAAGAGAGCCUACUGCUCUGACUGUGGCCAUUUCGUUACUUGCAAGACUUCAUAAUGUCUUGAAGGAUGAAUCGAGUCUUGAAUUGUAUACUCAAUAUUUAGCUCUUCUUCCAGCAAGUAUAUCGAAUGCUAAUUCCUAUAAUAUGAGAGUAAUUAGUGAAUUUCUCCUGCAUUUAUUAACGCAUGCAUUAAAAUACCAUCCGACAAAUGUCUCUUGGUUGAGAGUAAUGGGAGAUCUUAAUUUCAUAUUAGGAUAUUAUGAAAGUGCAAUCAAGUAUUAUUUGGAAGCUAUUAUGGUCUCCAGCGAUUUAUUCAGUCAACCAGUACCUCGACCUCUUCAAUCCGUUUAUUGGCGAAUGAUCAAAUGUUGUGCUCAUUUGCAAUGUUAUACUCAAGCAACAGUUUUAUGCCAAUUUUUAGAUGAAAUUAAUUAUACACUUGCCUUCAAAAUGGCAUCAAGUGAACAAAAAAAUUGUACUACUGCAGAUGCGAUGGAUGCUUAUUAUUAUUGUUUAUGGGAUACAACCAUUUUGGAAUAUCUUAUUUAUUUACACUCCAAGCGUGGUGAACAUCAUAGAAAACAAUUGGCUAUUAAAGUUAUUGGUAUGCUAGAAUUGAAUUCUAAUAAUAAUGAAGAAAUUCAACGAGAAGCUGCUAAUAUUCGCAAAGCUAAAUUUUUCCGCGCCUUAGCUAAACAAUAUGUUUAUUGAACUUCUUAAUCUAAAUAAUUAAUUAAUGAUUAGAUUUACAGAAUAUUGUAUAAAAAAGAAUUUCAAAUGAUUUUAUUUUUUAUAAC